CGACGACAGCGUUGAGUCAGCAGCAUCAGGGCUGCAAAGUAAAUUUUCUUGCAAACCAACCAGACUAGUAGCUAAGGAGGCAAUCGGCACUAUUUAUUGUGUUGUGCCUACCUAAACAAUUCGGUAGUUAUCGUUUGUGCUUCGUAACUAGUGUCCUGCAGGGUCUAAUAUAUCCUGAAUCUGUUUGUGGGUAUUUUGUUGUUUAACGAAACGUGCGGCGCGAAGCGACGCGACGCUAACCGGCGAGAGGAGGCGUUUGCGCCGGAGGAUUGAUCGGUCGUUGGCAGACACGGACUCGUGGUCGGAGCAACGGUGCGCGAGCAGCAAGCACUCGUCGUUCGGUUCAUAUCAAACUGAAUCUAAUAAACCCCGUGUCCACGAGUGGCGACGGCGGCAACGGUCGAGCUAAACCAGCUAUUUCAAUUCGACUCGGCGUGUUUACCUGCCAACAAGAUUGUCUACAGCAACUGAUCUGUGUUAUACAGCCAAUAAGAGCAGCGAUAGCAACAGCUCGUAGCCUAUUGCUAGCUAUCUGCUUGUUCGGCGGCGACUGCCUCCGGCGGCUGUUGAUGGUGCUUUUGUUCGUGUGUUAAUCGAGACUGCGAUAACUUUUACUAGUAGUUCGACUACGGGCCUUAAACGUGAAGGUUAACGAAACAAGCUACAAGGGUGGCUGCAACGGUUACAGUUCGUUAGUUAUAUGCUACUGCUACUAUACUAAGCUGAAGCUAAUACAGAAACAAAUCUCGUUCUAUUCAGGGAGGAAAUAUUGUCGCGGCGGAAUUGCUAGCGACCAACGGCGGGCGAUCGAUUGUCUAUUACUUUGCAUCUGACAGUCCACGACAGUAUGUCUGGAUAUCGGGGCAAUCCCGGCGGUUCGUGGGUUCGUGGAGGUGGACAAGAGUACCCACCGUAUGCCGCUGGGGGAGGUGGAGGCGGCGGUGGUGGCGGAUACCCGGCACAUCAGGGCCAUCAGCAGGGGUACGGCGCACAGGGCCAGUACGGUGGCCAUCAUGACCAGGGCAACUAUGGGAUGGGUGGGAACUAUGGGGGUCAUCAGCAAGCCGGUGGAACUCCGCAGAGUAAUCAUCGCUGUUUCACCGGCAAGAUCAGUAAACUGAUGGAUCAUUUCGGGUUCGUCGAUGGUGAUGUCUUCUUUCAGCUGAACUGUGUUAAGGGCAAGUUUCCGCGCGAGGGCGACACCGUCUAUUGUGAGGCUUCGUUCAAUCCUAAGAUGCCGUUCAAGUGGACGGCCACCAGUGUCCAGCUACAGCCUAGCGACGAUCAUCGCAACGGAGGCGAUAAGAGGUCGCCACCGCGCGGCGGUGGCCGAAGAGUGUCUCCGCGACGAAUGUCGCCUCGUCGAGGGUCACCGCCAAGGCGGUAUUCUCCGCCGCGGAGGCGGCCCGGUAGAUCGCGUUCGCCUAUGCGACGAUUUUCACCAAAACGUGGCGGCGGGGCCAGGGAUCGUAGUAGUCCAGCUAACAAACGUCGAAUUUCCAAAGCAUUGUUGCAUAAUGUCGACCUAGAGUCAACGUCGGCCAGUGCGACGGAACUCAAACGUCGCUAUCCGAACUUGUACAUCCCAUCCGAUUUCUUCCAUGCAAACAUCUUAUGGAGCUCGGCAUUUCCACCACUCAAUCCGCUCGAUUUGAGCCUUGCUCAUUGUGCAUACGCUGUGUGCCCUCGUGAGAAACGUCUGCCUGGAGCUCGCGCGCCAGCCAGGGAACCCUUCGACACAUCGUACAAGUACGUCGCUAAGGUGGUCCUGCUGGCGACCUCGGCACUGAACGACAUCUAUGAACAGUGCUGCGGUCCAUCGGAUAGAGCGGCUGCUGACAAACAGCUUAAGCAUCCUCUUGAGCUUGUGCAGCUUCUCGUAGGUGUAAAGGCAGGCAAGUUUGAGGCUAUUGGCGGCCCGUGGAGUCCGUCGCAGGAUGGCGACGAUCCGGAGCAUCCGCAGACACUCAUUAAUACCGCUAUUCGCUCAACACAAUUCUUGACAGGCAUCGAUCUACGUGGCUGCACUAGUUGGCCGAGGAUCACUGAGGUGCGUUACCGGCGUGAGGUGAAUGGCGAGGUCUCCAUGGAGAAGGUGGUGAUGUUUUUUCCUGAUGUCUGGCGUUGUGUCCCCACCCAUCGCGAGUGGAGCAAGCUGUCCGAGGAACUGCGCAAGGAAACUCCUAUGGAGGAGGAGCCGGCCUCCACUGGUGACGAUCAAAUAGCGGCUUCGGGCGAUAGCAAAAAGGAGGACGAUUCGGCAGAGCCAGCAGCGGUGCACAAUGAGGAGUCUCAGGAAUCGAGCGGGGAAAUUUUUCUGCCUGACGGAACCGAUCCCCGUCAGAUGAAGGUUGCUGAUUUGCGGGUCGAGCUCGAGAAGCGAGGUCUCGACACUAAGGGUGUAAAACAAGCGCUCGCUGAACGUCUGGUCGAAUUUUUACAGCAUGAAAAACAGAAGGACCAGUCCGCCGGGGAUUCUGGGGAAAACAAAGAAGAGGUGGUUGACUCCAAGGGAGCUCCCGAAGGUAUGGAGGUAGAUAGCCAGGAGAAUACUCAGGAUAAGCCAGAUGGAAAGGAGGGGUCUACUACUGGCGGAAAGGAGGAGGAGAAGGAUAAGUCAAAGGACAGUAAUAAUAAAUCGACCAAAGACGAUGAGAAAAAAGAACAAACUCUGCCUAUCUACGAGCUACCAACAAAUCCUGCUAUUGUAGUUGUGCCUAACCGCAAGGCUAAGGGAGGCAAGUUUGACUGCCGUCUCGUCAAUCUUUCGCGACUUCUUGAGUACAGCGAAUCUGAUAACAAAGAAAUUUUAUUUGAGUUGAACUUGUUCUGUGAAUUGUUGAAGUCUAUGUUUUAUCGUGAUCAUGCGUUUAACUUGUAUAAGGGUUUGCUCGAAGCUCCUGAUCUAAAUAAAGAACAGGAGAACCGGCUAGCAGCAAAGAAGAAGCGCGAGGAGCUGAAAAAAGAAGAUAAAAAAGACGAAGACAAAAAAGCUGCCGCUCCGGAGGCGGACGAGAUUGAGAUCGAGAUUAAGGACGAAGUUGACGAAGAUUAUGAGAAGAUCUAUGACGAGAAAACUGUACGUAACCCAGCUCUGCUGCUUUCGUGCAUCUUCUUCGAUUUGAACCGUGUCGGACAUUUCAGCUCGAAAGAGAUUGAAGAUAUCGCGCUGUCGUUGAACCUUCAUCUAUCUCGCGCCCAGGUCCGGAGCGUACUUAAGAAGGUGAUUACAAAGGAGGGCAACGUGGAGUAUAAGAAACUCACACACCGUCACAUGGAUCCAGAAGAACCACCCGAGGGCUUUGAGCAUCCUACAUUACUUAGCGCCACCCAACUCCGGCAGGUCGUUAAGGGAAAUAAUUUAGGAAGCGUUGACGAUACGUCAUCUUCUGUUUCGGCAGCUUCUUUCAGUGCUGUGUUCGUGAACGUCGAGAAACUGCGCGACCAAGUGGAGAAAAGUGAACGCGCUAAGGUCGAAGUGGAUGCUGCUCUACUGAAGUCUCAGGAUGAGCUAGAAAAGACCAUUCACCAACUCGACCGCGUUAAAAAGGACCGCGAUCGUCUCGAGGCGGACUUAGGCAAAGCUAACAAGGUCAUCGACAACCUGAACGAGGAACUCCGGCAGUCGCGUCGUUUCUCGAGUGACAUCCGUUACACUGCGCACAAUACAAAAAAUACACUCAAGAAGGCGCUUGAAAAUCUUGAACGGUGUCUUGAGCGCGAUAAGAAAAGGAGCAAUGCUGAUAAAGCAGGCGCAGCAGAUAACUGUGGAGGUGGAAGCGAAACGAAGACAGAGGACACUGCCACGCCUAAGGAAGGCGACGAGGCUAGUUCUGGCGUUACAGCCAACCAAAAAUCCGAGGAAUCACAGAUUAAAAAGGAGGAAAGCAGUGAACCCGGCACACCGGCAGGCGACGGCUCGAAACCCGCGGAGGUGAAGGAUGAAGGCGCGGCAGAGCAAAAAGGUCAAUUCACAGCCGGUGCCCAAGACGUCAAGGAUGAGGCGAUCGUAAAGGAGGAAACGGCUGGGGAGGUCGAGAAAACUGCCGCUCCAUCGGAUGGUGGUCCUGCCCCGAAAAGGGCCAAGGUUUCCGCAGGCAAAAGCCCAAUCCGACCGAAUGGCAAAGCCGGCACUAAGAAGAAAUAAGCUGCAUCGGACUAGUGAAUAAGUGGCGUUUAGUGAACUGCUGCAGUAAACGGCAGCCGUUGUACCGUGGAGUCUGUCCGCGAGGAGAAACUAGCGGACGACUAGAAACCAGUCGGAGAUAGCGGAUGCGGCGGUAGCCACUGCACCAUCAGCAGCACUACAGAUUUGACCAUUUAUUGUGCAGAUAGAAUUGAAGCAUAUAUAUAUAUAUAUGUGCAUAUAUAUAUGUAUAUAAAUACAUAUAUAUAUAUGUGUAUAUAUAUAUAUUAUGAACUAUAUAAGCCAGGACUAGUAUUGUCUCUACGGAAAAGAAGUCGAAUGAUUCCUGCACGAAUGUAUAUAAGAAUGUGUUGAAAACGCUGAUACGUAGAUGAGGGAAGAUCGGGACUUAAAGAAGACUGUGCUCUACGUAAUUUCUAUUAUUAGUCAACUGCUCCUAUUACUACGAAUUCGCUGUUACGGUAGCCUUCUGUACAGCUCGAUUUCGAUGGUGAAGGUGCAAAUUAUCAUUUAUUAGGAUGUAGUAACAUUAAUAUAGUGUCAGUGAAAGUUUAAACGAGAAGAUUAAAAAUCAUAGUGAAAGUUUAAACGAGAAGAUCGAAGAAAAAUCGUGGGGACAGUAGUGUGGAGGUUUUCGAAUGACGGUUGCAGCGAAAGAAAUUAGGGGAAAACCGUUUGCGAUAACUAAAAGUUUAGAUCAUCGGCGGAUUAAGCAAGCACUGUUAGUAUUUCUAGUAAUCAACGAGCUAUCGGAACGAUGACCGCAACAACUUGGAGGUUAUCAAUUAUUACUAUUAUAUUGUCGUAAUAAUUUUGAAUUAAGAUAAUUAGAUUUAUUUUCCUACCCCGUCCCGCUAUUUUGACUAUUAUUACUAUUAUUAGUAUUAUUGAGCAAUAUGGCAAGUAAAGAUGUAUUCAGUCAGAGCCUGCUUUUUUUGGCAACAAAAAGCAGGCCAGCAAACGAACAAUAACUUAGCGCUGCAAAGUUACAACGUACGCAUCCACGUUUAAGCACACAUGGCAAUUAAUGGGUAGCUUUCACAUGUUCGCAUGGAGGAUACUGCAGUGGCAAACCCAAAUCGUGGUUUGUAGUAGAGCAGGCGGUGGCAGUUGCCGUGUGUACAAUACUAUCAACAAUAAUGAUAAAAACACAAUAAACAGUAAAACUCUCUCAGGCGUACGCACACCUGAGAAAAGAUUAUAUCGUUGUUCACUACACGCGAGGAUUAAAAAUCAAGAAGGUUAAGCAAUUAAAGAAAACGCGCGCGUUAUUUAAACACGAGAUGAUCACAGCGGUCACCGUUGAUUUCACCACGAAAAAAUGGUAAGUUUCACAGUAAAAAAUAAACAUACCUCAACAAAAACAAUCGGGUGUAAUUAUUACCGCGUUUCAUAGAUAAAUUUAUGUCGUUAGAGAUCAUUCGAGCGGAACGACAUUACUUGUUAAAAACGUAGACCCAAAGUAUUGUGCGCACAGGCAUGUGCAUGCGUAAGUCUUUAUCCAGCUGAUAGUUGUGAAUAAUCUGUAUU